UGCAACACCGUAAUUUAUGAAUGAAUAUGAAAAGUGUAGUUUUAUUGGAUCAAAAUUCAAUGUCAAUGUCAUUGCCACCUCAGACCUUGCCUGCAAAGUAUAUAAAUGAACCAUCAACGCUAUUCACAUUAAGGAUUUGAAACAUAAAUUAUUUCCAGCUCUAAAAUGUCGUAUACGCAAUGUCUCAUAGUUUUACUUUCCAUUAACAUACGAAAUUGGCAAGUUGAAGCUCAUGGAAGACUAUUAGAGCCGCCAAUGCGAGCUUCGAUUUGGCGAUUCCCAGAAUUUGACCACCUUAACCCACCCGUCGAGUAUGAUGAUGACGCUUUCUGGUGUGGAAAUAUGGUCACCCAACACAAUCAAAAUGGAGGAAAAUGUGGCGUCUGUGGAGAUAACUGGGCAGAUAAAGCUCCAAGAAGUCAUGAGGAUGGGGGCACUUAUGGGAAGGGAAUUAUUGUGCGGAACUACACUGCCGGCCAGGUCAUCCCCAUAAAAGUGGAAUUAACGGGAGCGCACGAUGGUUAUUUUGAAUAUCGUAUCUGUCCCCGGAACUCUCGAAGUGAUCCAGAAACUGAGGAAUGCUUCAAGAAAAAUAUUUUACAUCACGCCGAUGGCUCGGGAACAAAACAGCCCGCAUCGAGAAGAAAAGGUCUGUACGUGACCAAGCUCAAGCUUCCAUUUACAAUUAAAUGUACUCGAUGCGUUUUACAAUGGCACUAUUUGACGGGGAACAAUUGGGGAAAUUGUGGAAACGGGACGAACGCUGUGGGAUGUGGACCACAAGAAACUUUCAGAGGGUGUGCAGACAUUGGUAUUUAUUAGUGGACGCUUACAUAAUUGUUCUAUUGUAUAUUUAUAAUCUACUUCUAUGUAAAUUAUUGUAACAUAUUUAUUAAAUACAUGACUAGUCAAUAAAGUUUUCAAACAGA